AAAUCAAAACCGAAGCUCAUCCGGUUAAAGAAAGAAAAGAAAAGGUCUUUAUCGAAAGGAGAGAGAGGAACAGUGUCGUACAUCUUUUUCUGUCUACUCGCCGGUUUAUCUAUUUAUUUUUUAUUUAAAAAAGGGAAAUUAGAAGUUUCCAGACGCAGCUUGAUUGGGGGUAGGGCUGGAAGAUAUAGGCGCGAAGCUUCAAUCAGAUUAUCGGGUUUUCUUAGCUCAACAAAAAUAUGAGGCAUUCGGUGAAUCGUCCACCAACACCUGAUACACGGGAUGAACAAGAAAAGGAGCCUACACUUAAGGAAAUUAUCAACAUUAAGUUGAUUGAAAGUGGGGAAAAGGAAAGAUUAAUGGAGCUUUUGAGGGAAAGGCUUGUUGAGUCUGGGUGGAAGGAUGAAAUGAAAGCUCUUUGUAGGGAGUAUAUAAAGAAGAAAGGACGGAACAAUAUAACCAUUGACGACCUUGUACAUGUGAUUACCCCAAAAGGCAGAGCUUCAAUUCCUGAUCCGAUCAAAGCUGAAUUGCUUCAGAGAAUUCGUACAUUUCUUGUUUCUCCCACUCUCUGAUUCAACAGCUUCAUGCAUGAAGAGGGUAGCAAUAUAGGUGAAGAUGUGGCAUUAUGUUUGACUCAUUUCAUCUUGGAACAUCGUUUGUCUAGAUUAUGACCACGAUGAGGAAACCAGGAGCCAUAUGAGAAGAUGUGCUAUUGGCAGUUUGCUUGUACCAAGUUUCGUAGAACUGUAUAAAUUGCUACUUGGUGGUUUUAUGUUGAUGGCCCAGGUUCAGAGUUUGAUCACUACAUGACCCUCACCUUUUAGUGGCUAAACUAUCUGUUAUCUGGUUGUCCCUAGUUUUAAGAAAGUGUAGUUUUAUUGAGAUGCCUGCUCCUCAGCAGAAUCCCUGCUCUUCUUUUGUGUGUACUUUACUCAUGUGUUCUUCGUAUUAGUGAAAGCCAGUUGGUUGUGUGUUCUCUCUA